AUGGAAAUAACAAUAAAGAGAGAAAAUGUUAGUUUUUCCAGCACGUUUGUCUUGUUGGGCUUCUCAGAGUAUCCUUGGCUGGAGAGUCCCCUCUUUGGAGUGGUCCUGGUCUCCUAUAUUCUUACUCUGAUGGGAAACAGCUUCAUCAUUCUUCUCUCCCUGGUAGAGCCCAGACUGCAGACGCCCAUGUACUUCUUACUGGACAAUCUUUCUGUGCUGGACCUGUGUGUCACCUGCACCAUUGUGCCACAGCUGCUGGCCAACCUUUGGGGACCGGAGAAGACGAUUGCUUCCUGGGGCUGUAUCAUGCAGGCCUAUCUGUUCCACUGGACAGGCUGCACAGAGUGUACCCUGCUGGCAGUGAUGGCUUUUGAUCGCUGUGUGGCUAUCUGCCAGCCCCUCAGCUACACUCUCAUCAUGCACCCUCAGGUAUGUGUGCAGCUGGCAGCCGCAGCCUGGUCCAGUGGCCUAGUCAAUUCCCUGCUCCAAGUCACACUCACCCUCCAGCUUCCCCACUGCGGUCACCAUACCCUAGACCACUUCUUCUGCGAGGUGCCUGUUCUGAUCAAGCUGGCCUGUGGUGACACCACUGCUAAUGACCUGAUCCUAGCUGUGGGUGCCAUCCCAUUUGCACUGGUAGCUCCCCUGCUGGUGCUCAUCUCCUACGCUUUCAUCACUAGGGCUGUACUGAAGUUGCCUUCAGUUGAAGGAAGGCACAAGGCGUUCAGCACCUGCAGCUCCCACUUGGUGGUUGUCAUCAUGUACUUUGGGCCAGCAAUCUACAUGUACCUCCAGCCUCCUGCCAGUAGCACCAAGGCCAAGUUCAUGUCCCUCUUUUACUGUGUUAUCACCCCACUGCUCAAUCCAUUCAUCUAUACCUUGAGAAAUAAGGAGGUGAAGAGGGCAUGGAAGAAGAUCCUACAAUCCCAAGACACCCCUUUCCCUUACGAUUGGAGCAUGCAGCUCCUGCAAUGCAAGGGGCAUUUCAUGGGCCCUCCUAUCCACAGCAGCAGUCCAGCACCAGAGCAGGUACGGUGUGCAGCUCCCACCAGAGGUGAAAGGAAGUCCCCAGAGGUAAUAUCUGAAGUCUUAAAGAACUGGCAGAUCAUCAGAAGACACUGUGAGACCAUGAGCAGCAAGUGA